UCAAAUAAGAAUAAAAUGGUUGUCGCACUAAAAUUGCUACCUGUGAUAUAUGUAUUUAUUUUAAACUUUUCUUCGUUAACGGCGGAAUGUAAUAUUCCAAUAGUAUUAAGGAACACAUGGUUCUCUUUUGAGAAUGGUAGACAGACCAUCACCGAUAUCAAUGCUAGUGAAAUGACUGGGAAGGGUACAUGCAUCAAUAUAAAGGCAGAUUACCAUGUGAAUUACACAAUGGUAUUUCAGUACACCAACUGUUACUACUGUGUAAAGCUCAUAGUCCGUACAGUGAAUGUAUUGGAGAAACUGGAGACCCCGUGUGUGGACCUGGCACCCGACGAAGAGCCUACUGUAGAAAGAGUCUGCCGCGGUCUAAGACCUGAUCAGCAUUUGAUCACUUUAUUUUCUGAGAACUCGGUUCCUGUCAAUUGUCGUUCAUCUUUAGAAGGUGUCUGGCAGUUUGCUUAUCAGAACCGUUUUCGUUUCACGGGUGAAUGUAACCACCCUGACGCUCAGAUAAAGUCCUGUCAGACAGCUGGAACUCAGUUCUUGAUAACCAAUCAAAAGUUUAAUAUUACAUAUCGCAAAUGUCCUGGAAUGUCUGGAACAUUUGAUGGUACUGUGGAAUACAGUUGUUUGGGUCACUGGUUCGUCGACAAGAAUCAUUUCUUCGCUGUCGCGAAUACCAAAGAAUCGCGUAAAGACGAGAGGUACCGUUGCUUCCUGAAGAACAGAGAUGACGAUCUGUAUGUCGGUGCGUCUAUUACACCUGAAUGCAAUACUUUGAAAACUGUCGAGAAGUCACCCGAAAGAUAUCGAGUCACUGCUGUAAAGGCGGAAGUAGUAGAACCGGGAUGCCGUCUCCCGAAAAACUUCUCUGGUGACUGGAUCAACACAGCCAAUAUCGACGCUGACGUGUUCAUCAACGAAACGCACAUCAUCGAGACCUACUACCCCGACGAAGGGCGGUUUAGGCGUACUAUCUAUGUUUGCAGAGAACAACGUGACAGCAGAGUGAUGAUGGCGCGUCUAACUGUUGAUGGUUGUCAAAAGGAUUACAUAUGCUUCGACUUCGUUCCACAACAUCAUAACGUUAUUAGAUACCGCAAAAGCCUAGCAAUGAUUCAAAGCAAUUUCCACACAGUCUGUUCAUGGGUACAAUUUCCAAAUCGGCAAAAAUGGCGCUACGAUUUGUUCUUAAAAAGAGACCCAACUCCGAUCCGUUGUCCUGUCGCAGGCAAAUUCAACUUCACACAAAAAGGAGACGUGAAAUUCGAGACUAGAAUCCUUGGAGGUGUGACUCUUAGUCCUCGACCAAACUUAUAUUGCAAAUUAAACAUUAGUGAUUUUUCUGUAUGUGAUACAGAUCAGAAAACAAUACAAAUAAAAGAGAAUUACUGUCUCUCGGUGGACUACUUGGGUAGACCUGUUGAUAUUUACAGUGACCCUGACUAUAAAAUGAAAUGUAUUGGAUAUUGGAAAGAGAAUCUCAAAUCUUAUUUGAUUACUUAUGAUGAAUUGGAUCCAUUCUCUAAGUACAGAUGUUGGGUGUAUCAGAGGGCGGAUCUUAACAGAGUCCUAAUGUCACAAGCGCUAGGUCCGUAUUGCGAUCUAAACCAAGACGUGACUUCAUGGAAUUACACAGAGGGCGCUGCGGUCGCCGUUGAAAUGGAAGAGUACGAGCGAGAGAGGGAUCAAUGUCCCAUGCAUUUUGAUGACGGCAGUGACCCCUGGUCAACUAAAGAGAACUUUGUAAAAAUAUUCACAUUUUCAUACUCAUUUUGGAAAAGCAACAAAGCUGCGCCGUUAUUAGCCAGUGUUGUUACUUUGGUAUUACCUAUUGUAGCGAAAGUAUUGUUGUAAGUGCCUUAUGCGUGUAUGUACGUCACUAUCAAGUUACUAAUGAGUGUAUGCACGUCACUAUCGUAAAUAAAUAUUUUAGGGGUAGAUUACAACAAGUGUCACAACUUUUCUCUAACAAUAUUGUCAGUUUUUAAAUGGUCAACUUGAUCAUUUAUUGAACAAUAGCAUCUGGUCUGUGUUCAGAUUUUUUUUUUCUUUGGACAAAUUGAAUGAUUACAUACUGCUGUUAUCAACCUAUCCUCAUAAGUAUGUGGUAUUAUUUUGUUUGAGUAGCAACACACUUUUUGACAAAUUAUUUUAAAUCACCCUGUAUUUUAUAAGUGGACAAACAUAUCUAUAAUAGAUAGACAACACAUUUAUUAUAAUAAUAUUCAGUGGCUUACUAUAAUUACUAAACUAAGCUGUUUAUAAGAAAUCUCUAAGUAUAGAAAGAAUAGAUAGUUUCUAAUUGUGCAAAUGUGUGCCUCAUAAACCAGUUAAGAAUUUUAGUAAUUUAGUUUAAGUAAUUUAGUGCCUUGAAGUAAUUUAAGAGAUCUUAUAACUAUGUCCGUCCUUAAUGUAGCUUAGAAUAUGCACUUUUCCCAUGACAUUUCCUUGAUUUUAUAAGUAUUUUUCCCAUUUGGAGCAGCAAUUGUAAAUCAACAGUAUCCAAUUACAGACAGGUAUGUGUACGAUCCACGAUGUGAGAGAAUUGACAUUUUUAUAUUGCUGUAGGCAUUUACCACACAUAUAAGAAUUCACUUGGGCAGGUAAAAAGAAGCUUUAUAUCCAUGUAAUACGAGCAAAAAAGACGCGUGUUCCGUGUCGGCUGUCUGAGCGGAAGCGAAACGCACCCAUUUUAUUUCAGCAUGACAAUGAUCGAAUUUUUGAAAUUCGAAUGGGUAAGUAAUCGGCAGUUAGUCAACUCGUUUAGCAAGUUAUAAAGGUGUUUUACAGUCCACACUGGAAUAAGCUUAUUCCAGAGGCACCAUUCCUCAAUCUCUAGAACCACAGGUAGCUCCCUAAAUCUGCAACUAUUAUAGCAGUGUUAUUUUUAGGUAAUUGGGUACCUUCUCUUAAUUUAGUUAAGUGUAACCACAACACAGUGUAAAGUGUAAACGUAACAACAUUACAAGUGUAGAUUAAAGAUCCAUAAAUGAUUUAUGGAAUAUAUAAUAAAAAACAAAUCGGUUCUAUGGAAUAUUUUAUUUUGUUUUAUUGCCUUUUACUUAAAAUGAUGUGUUUUUUAACGUUUUUGUACCUGUGUUCACAAAAUGCAAUAAAUAAUUGGAAUAAUUAAACUUAUUUGUUUUCUAAUUAAAAAUAUGACCAACAGGAGAUUAUUUAUCUCACAAAAUUUUUAUUAAAAUUCAUAAUAGGCUUUCCAAAUGGUGGUCAAUUCAUGAUGCAGAACAUAAUGGAAGCAAAUUUUUUUAACAAAAUUGUACACAGAAAAUUAACAUUAUUAUAAAAUUCCAUUGACUUACAAUUAUAUGGACGUCGGGUCCGCGCUAAAAAGUGUCCGCACUUGUAAGG